AUGCAAUUGCCAUUGAAAACAGCACUAUAUCGUCCAGCGUGGACACAAAAGCUAGUGAAAUAUCAUCACAAAUCUGCCAUCGAGACAUCGUCCACCCCCAUGUCAGCAAAUGUGUUGAAGACAGCAUUGAUGGAGGGUUAUAAACCGAGCUUCCGAACUGUCUCUAUAGGCAAAGCUGCUGAUUAUACGACGACGCUGAGACCUCAACAAAAGAUCUGUUUCUACCCAGGCAAGCUGCAUGGGGGAAUCCAAGCGUUCUACUUGGAUCAGAUUUUUGCAGAUUGCUGUGCAGGAGCCCUUACAGCCAAUCUAGCUAUCUCGUAUUUCCGGCCAGUCAACCCUCAAGCCCCCUUGAGAAUCAGCACCUGGCCUGUGAAAAGGGAGGGGCGCAAGGUGUAUAUGGAAGGGUCAAUCAAGGUUCCGGACCACGCCACAGGGGCUCUGGUGGAGGCGGUCCGUGCUACAGCUUUAUUUAUUACGCCCAAAAACAAAGCUGUUUGA